CAACCAGGAAACUUUGUUUGCUUAUGGCCUGAAGUUUUCAGGAGCUGCUCCUGGCCUCAAAGACAGAGGGUUCAUGGAUUUCAUCUCUGAGAACACAGACAAUGACACUAUUUAUAGCAAUGACACGGGAGCCUUCAACGGCACGGACCGCUCUGUGAGGCACCAAUACAACUACUAUGCUAUGCUGCUGACAUUGCUCAUCUUUGUUAUUGUCUUCGGCAAUGUGCUGGUGUGCAUGGCUGUGUCGAGGGAGAGGGCCCUACAGACCACCACCAACUACCUCAUAGUCAGCCUGGCUGUGGCUGACCUGCUGGUGGCCACCCUCGUCAUGCCCUGGGUGGUCUACCUGGAGGUGGUUGGAGAGUGGAGGUUCAGCAAGAUUCACUGUGAUGUCUUUGUCACCUUGGAUGUCAUGAUGUGCACGGCGAGCAUCCUCAACCUUUGUGCCAUCAGCAUCGACAGGUACACAGCUGUUGCCAUGCCGAUGCUGUACAACACUCGGUACAGCUCCAAGAGAAGGGUCACGAUAAUGAUCACUGUGGUUUGGGUGCUGUCCUUUGCAAUAUCCUGCCCUCUGCUGUUUGGUUUAAACAACACAGCCACACGCAGCAACGCCCUGUGUGUAAUAGCAAACCCCGCCUUUGUGGUGUACUCCUCUGUCGUGUCCUUCUACGUUCCUUUCAUCAUCACCUUGCUGGUGUAUGUGCAGAUCUACAUUGUCCUGCGGAAGAGGCGGAAACGCGUCAACACAAAGCGCAGCUGUGUUGCCGCCGAGCCCGAUGUGGACGUCACCCCGAAGGGGAAGUGCACCCACCCAGAAGAAGUGAAACUUUGCACAGUGAUCGUGAAGUCCAACGGCAGCUUUCCCGUCAGCAGGAGGAAAGUGAUCUUCAUCCAGGAGGCAGUCCAGUGUGGAGACAGAGCUGAGCUGGAGGUGACAGCUGACACUGAUCCUCCAGGGAAGUGGAGGCAGAAAUCUACAGGAAGAACACCCCAUCUUAUCGCCCCCACCGGCCCGGACCCCGUCCAGAGCUCGGCCCCUCCCUCAUCGGCCGACAGCCCCCUUGCGGCAGCCAGGAAUGGCCAUGCCAACGACAGCCAUACGCUGAGUGCGACAAAGGCCUUUGAGACCCUCGCCUUGCCUAAUGGAAAGACCCGCAGCUCCGUGAAGAGUCUCAGCAAGAGGAAGAUCUCACAGCACAAGGAGAAGAAAGCCACACAGAUGCUAGCUAUUGUCCUGGGGGUGUUCAUCAUAUGUUGGCUGCCAUUCUUCAUCACACACAUCCUAAACACUCACUGUGCCACAUGCAACGUCCCCGCAGGAAUGUACAAUGCUUUCACCUGGCUGGGCUAUGUGAACAGCGCUGUCAACCCCAUCAUAUAUACCACAUUCAACGUGGAGUUCAGGAAGGCUUUCAUCAAAAUAUUACACUGCUGAGCGGGACUGCACAAAUUUCCACAUCCAAGUGAAGGUUUUGCAAGCACAUCUCGACCAACACUGCUGUCUGCAGACGGGCUGAGGGCCGAAGCUUCAGCGGAGUGCACAAAGAGACCAUCUGAAGGCUGGGCUUUCAGGUACAAUAAAAGAAUGUAAAUGGGUGGACAUCGUUCCAUUCUCAUUGAAAUGAUGAAUAGAGUUUGACCAUCCAAAUAAACAUUGUUGCAGGGUGAGCCGCUCCACUCUGCUGCAGAAUGAGAUCUGCAUUGUGGGAAUUUAGAUUAGAGAAGCUAUCUGGGAAAUGAAAGUUUUCCA